AUGGUUGCCAUGAAGACGACAGGACUUGCCCUGACGCUGGCUGGCGUGGCCGCGGCACAGUCCUCGGUGGUCAGCAUUUUCUUUCCAGCUGCCGACCCACAGACGCUGUUGGGCUCAGUGAUCAAAUCGGAUUCGUCCAAAACGACCAUGGCCAUUGCAUGCCCUACCGAUGCCGACGUUAAUGACUGCGGACUCGACGGUCCUCUCACUGUGACGGUUGGGCCAUCGACAUUUCAUGUCCAAGAGACGUACGAGAGCACUUCGGUCAUCAUCGAUUGUAAAGUGUCAGGGACAACGGCCGCGAACUGCGCAGAGACGUAUGUUGGACCAUAUGGCUUGAUUGCGACGGAGACAGCGACGGGCUCAUUCGAUUCUUCUAUCACCUCGACUGUGACCAGCACGACCCUGGGUCCCACCGAUAUAACGUUCAUGGCCAUCACACUCACCGAUUCCCUGGGUGAUGACAGCGGCUCGUCUACGACAGAUUCAUCUGGAGCUAGCUCCAGCUCAGCGGCCGCAUCUGCUACGGACGCAAGCGGUGCUAGUAGCUCGGCUUCAGCGUCGUCCGCGGAAUCGUCUGCGGAAUCGUCCGCGGCAACCUCCGCAGCGUCCUCCGCGACAUCAUCUUCUGCAUCCUCUUCGGCGACCAGCGGCUCAAGUGGCACCAGUGGCAGCAGCAGCAGUGGAAGUGCUACUCCUACUGGUAGCAGCAACAAUGGCGCUAGCGGAGGAGAUUCCCGAAUGCUGGCCUUGUCCGCAAUGGGUGCCGGCCUUGUUGGUUGCGCUAUGCUCCUGCUCUAG